AUGGGCGCAACGGUCUGUUACACUCAAGACGCUGCCUUCGGGGACCUCCCUUCCAGGAGCUUGGUUCGGGACGCAACAGCUGGAAAAGACGAACUCCAAGGUUCGAGGAAGCGGUGCAUCCUCUCCGGAAGUCCUCAUACGGCUGCACCUGCGGCCUCUCGUCAGGACGCCUCGGCAAAUGCAAAGGCUGCGAAGCACCCCAAGAAGCUCUGCUGUGUUCAGGAGGAGGGCUUACUUGCUGAGAAGUACGUGCUAUCGCUCGUGGUGUCUGACCAGCUCGAAACCCUCACCGUUGCGCAGCUUCGGGGGGCUUUAGGGCGCUGGCGACAAAAGACGGGGGGCACAAAGGCAGAGCUCAUUCAAAGGGUGAAGGACUACGUUACAGCAUUAGGUGGUUCGUAUAGACACAUUAGAGGUCGCGUUCCAUUUACUGCUGCACGUGGAGCAAAACCAAGGAAACGGAAUUUUAUAGGGGAGAACAGCCAAGGGGAGCUGAGAUUGGCAACCAUUAGUGCAAAGAAGGAGCCAGUAGAAAAGGAAAAUGCUCGAAGAAUAGGAGCAAAAGGUGUCAACGACUCGGGGAGAAAGGAAUGCAUAAGCGGAGUUGAGGGAUCGUCGUCCGCCCUAGAUGGGGGCUUAGAUUCGCUCUCCUCUUCCCUCCCCUCUUCUUCUGCUGUGCAAUUGUUGGAGAGUGGCCACACGCCGCGUCGUCUCUCUUUCUCGGUAGCCAUGAUAAAUCUUGCCACUCAAGUGGCAACGAACCAAGAAAUACGGCAGCUCAUGAAACAGUGGACGGGGAUGGUGGGGGAGAUCUUCAAAGGACCGGACACCAGCGAAUCCAAUAUUCCAUACUACUGGAAAGUUCCGGAGUGCGUUUUGACCGUCAACUUUUAUUCUGUGGCCGAUAUUGGGAUCUCCGAUUCGUCCAAAAUUUCCCUUGCAUACACUCCAGUUCAUAAUGCUAUAAUGUUGGGCUAUGUUGAAGAAGCUGCGGAAUGGAUUCAAGUUUUCAAGAGACCAUUUCCUAGAAUUCAGUUUCUUCAUGUUCCAGCUGAAUGCAUGGUAGAUGAAAACACGACAUACUCUGCCUUUUGCACCAAGCCAACUGGCCGGUGCCUUAUGGUUCGGCUGGACAUCCAUCUUACGCGUAUCACCAAGCAAAUGAUGACGACACUACAACCUAUACCCCCAAAUCAGUUUAUUCAGCAACAGCUUGAUGAAGGAUUUAUGAUUGAUGAUGCAGUGGAUAUUUUGAAGGCCCCAACAACUGUAGGAAGACUACUGUUUGACUCGCUUAACUGUAUCAUGCACACCAGAGUGGCGGCGCUGAGUCCUGAAUACAUCUAUGUAUACCAUAACUCCCUAGAUCACUCCAUUCGGGUCGAUGCUAUGAGCAGCAAAAAUGAGUGGAAUAGAAGGAAAGUGAUUCUACCUCUUGGCUGCGGAGGGACAGAGGCGAAGGACUUCACAACUGUGGUAGUUCUGCAACAGGACGGCCACUACAAAGUCUUGGUAAAAGCUGCAAUUGCUAGAGGCACCGAUUAUAAUAGAGAGUCCGAGAGCAACAUCGAAAUCAGAAAAGGGAAGGACAUCAGGCCAACAUCGGAGCUCAAUUACGGAGAACAUGAUCCCGCAGAUAUGUAUCCGCAUGCUAAUUUCAUCCCGUUCGAGUCUAUGAUUGUUGGACACCCAUUCUGA